CCUGACUUCCUUCGAGGUUCCGCGCGUAUAUAUUUGAGGGGCGGAGCUGCGUCUUUGGGGUCUACUUGAUCCUGGAGCUCACCAAGGAGCGGCUGACUUGAGGCUUCGGACCGAACACGAUCAACAAUUACCACCGAGUAAACACGCACUGACGGGUGUCCACUUACGACCCAUUAUGACCCACACCCAGGGGAAGUUUGACUUUGCCAUCGACCGAGGAGGAACCUUCACGGACGUGUUUGCUCGGCUACCAGACGGACAGGAGAGGGUUCUGAAACUGCUGUCCCGGGACCCCCAGAACUACAAGGACGCCCCCACUGAGGGGAUCCGCAGAGUCCUCGAAGAGGAAACGGGACGCCCCUGCCCUCGAGACAAGCCUGUGGACACGACUCUGAUCGGCUGGAUCCGGAUGGGCACCACAGUAGCCACCAAUGCUCUGUUGGAGAGGGAGGGGGAGAGGACGGCUCUGCUGGUCACCAAAGGGUUCAAAGACCUGCUCCACAUUGGAACACAGGCCCGACCCAAGCUCUUUGACCUGGAGGUAUCGAUGCCCGAAGUGCUGUAUGAGGAGGUUAUCGAGGUGGACGAGCGAGUCGUCCUCCGACAAGAUGGCUGCAAACUGCCCAGGAAGGAUCCCAAGCGUGUUGUAACAGGAAGCACCGGGGAUAGUCUAGAGGUGUGGCGGGAGCUGGAUCUGGAGCGUGUGGAGAAGGACCUGAAGGGAGUUCUGUCUCGGGGAAUCAGCAGUCUGGCUGUGCUUCUGCUUCACGCCUACACAUGGUCGGAGCAUGAGAAAGCAGUGGGUUCCCUGGCCCGUCAACUGGGCUUCACUCAGGUGUCGCUGUCCUCCGAGGUCAUGCCCAUGGUUAGGGCGGUCCCUCGAGGUUACACCGUGUGUGCCGACGCCUACCUCACACCCAAAAUUCGGGAGUAUCUAAAAGGUUUUACCUCUGGAUUCGAAGGAGAUUUGAAGGAUGUGGACGUCCUGUUCAUGCAGUCAGACGGUGGUCUGACUCCCAUGCAGCAGUUCUGCGGUUCGCGUGCCGUCCUGUCUGGCCCCGCGGGCGGAGUGGUGGGCUACGCCAUCACCUCCUACAGCCAGAUGGAGAAUAGACCUGUGAUUGGCUUUGACAUGGGCGGGACGUCCACUGACGUGAGUCGUUAUGCGGGCCAGUAUGAGCACGUGUUUGAAGCCACCACGGCCGGAGUCACCCUGCAGGCGCCUCAGCUGGACAUCAACACCGUAGCAGCAGGCGGAGGCUCGCGACUCUUCUUCAGAUCAGGGAUGUUUGUGGUUGGACCAGAGUCUGCUGGUGCGCAUCCAGGACCGGCCUGCUAUAGGAAAGGUGGUCCUCUGACCGUGACGGAUGCUAACUUAGCUUUGGGCCGCCUCCUGCCGUCCUUCUUCCCUAAAAUCUUUGGGCCUGGAGAGAAUGAGCCUCUGUCCCAGGAGGAGACCAUGACGCAUUUCCGUCAGCUGACCCAUGAGAUCAACCACUUCCUGGCCUCUAACCAAUCGCAAGCUGGUGCAAAUAGCGCCAAACACUCCCACAAGAGCCAAUCAGAGAUGACUUUGGAAGACGUGGCCAUCGGAUUCAUCCGUGUGGCGAACGAGGCGAUGUGUCGACCAAUCAGAGCGCUGACGCAGGCUAAGGGCCAUGACACAUCUCAGCAUGUGUUGGCGUGUUUCGGUGGUGCCGGGGGCCAGCAUGCGUGCGCCAUCGCUCGAGCGCUCGGGAUGAAGACUGUCUUCAUACAUAAGUACAGCGGCGUGCUGUCGGCCUACGGUCUGGCUCUAGCGGACGUGGUGGAGGAGGUGCAGGAGCCGUGCUCGCUGCAGUAUGAGAAAAACUCUUUUGGCGAGCUGGACCGCAGAGUGGAUCUCCUGUCCAAACGCUGCCAGGACACACUGCUAGCCCGUGGAUUCAAUAGUGGCCAAAUAACCACUGAAGUCUUUCUCCAUCUGCGCUACGAGGGCACAGACUGCGCUCUCAUGGUGACGGCUGACGGUUACCCUGGAAACCAGCGCACCUGUCGAGCGGGUGAUUUCCGCAGCGCUUUCACUAAAAGAUACCUGAAGGAGUUUGGAUUCACCAUCCCAGACAGGCCCAUCAUGGUGGAUGACAUCAGAGUGCGCGGCUGUGGGAAGUCUGGGAUCAAAUCGGUGUACAGACCAAAGAAGGGACACGGUCAAGCCAAACCCGUCACGAUGACAAAAUGCUACUUUGAGGAUGGUUACCACGACACCGCCGUGUAUCUGUGGGAGGAGCUUCUUUGUGGUACUAGCAUCCAGGGACCAGCCAUCAUCAUUGACAAGAACAGCACCAUUCUGGUGGAGCCCUGCUGUGAGGCUUCCCUGACAGAUGGGGGCGACGUGUGCAUGAUGGUGAGCGCGGACCCUCACUGUGCAGUCGGCACAGAGCUCAACACCGUGCAGCUCUCCAUUUUCUCCCACCGCUUCAUGAGCAUAGCAGAACAGAUGGGCAGAGUUCUCCAAAGAACUUCCAUCUCCACCAACAUCAAGGAGCGUCUGGACUUCUCCUGCGCUGUGUUCGGACCGGAUGGCGGUCUGGUGUCGAACGCACCCCACAUUCCAGUGCACCUGGGGGCCAUGCAGGAAACUGUCCAGUUCCAGAUCAGAUCAAUGGAGGGGAAUCUGAAAGAAGGGGACGUGAUCCUGAGCAACCACCCGUGUGCCGGCGGCAGCCACCUUCCCGACCUCACAGUCAUCACACCAGUGUUUAGAAAAGGUGUCAGCGGACCGGUGUUCUUUGUAGCCAGCAGGGGGCAUCAUGCAGACAUUGGAGGCAUCACUCCUGGAUCUAUGCCGCCGCACUCCACCUCCCUGCAGCAGGAGGGCGCUGUCUUCAUUUCCUUCAAACUGGUCACUGGUGGUGUCUUCCAAGAAGAAGCUGUAACGGAGGCCCUGAUGGCUCCGGCCCAAUACCCAGACUCCUCUGGGACACGGAAUCUCCACGACAACCUGUCCGACCUGCGGGCUCAGGUGGCAGCCAAUCAGAGAGGCAGCCAGCUGGUGGGGGAGUUGAUUGACUGCUACGGGCUCGCUGUGGUUCAGGCCUACAUGGGCUACAUCCAGAGUAAUGCCGAGCUGGCGGUGAAGGACAUGCUGCGAGACUUUGUGCGUCGUCGACGGCAACAGACAGGCUGCUUGGAGGUGGAGUCGGAGGAUUUCAUGGAUGAUGGCACUCCAAUCCGACUGCGGGUUCAGAUUAAUGAAGAAGAGGGCACUGCAGUGUUUGACUUCACUGGGACUGGCACAGAGGUGUGGGGGAACUGCAACGCUCCAAGAGCAAUCACACUCUCCGCCCUCAUCUACUGCCUUCGCUGCAUGGUGGGACAGGACAUCCCCCUCAAUCAGGGCUGUCUGGCACCAAUUAAAGUCACCAUCCCCUCAGGGUCCAUCCUCCAGCCGUCGCAAAACGCAGCAGUGGUUGGCGGCAACGUGCUCACAUCCCAGAGAGUUGUUGAUGUCAUUUUCAAGGCGUUUGAGGUCUGCGCCGCCUCUCAGGGUUGCAUGAACAACGUUUCAUUUGGCAGUGAGAAGGUUGGGUACUAUGAGACUGUCGCCGGGGGCGCUGGGGCGGGGCCGAGCUGGAGUGGCAGAAGUGGCGUGCACAGUCACAUGACCAACACUCGUAUCACUGACCCUGAGAUUCUGGAGAAGAGAUACCCUGUGAUAUUGGAGCAGUUCUCCUUGAGACCCGCUUCAGGAGGUGCAGGGAAACACUGCGGAGGAGACGGUGUCAUUCGCAAGCUGCUGUUCAGGGACAAAGUAGUUCUGUCUGUGCUGAGUGAGAGGCGAUCCAGACGUCCCUACGGCCUCAACGGGGGUGAAGAUGGUGCUGCGGGACUGAACCUGCUUCACAGAGCUGAUGGCAGAAUACUCAGUCUGGGUGCUAAGACCAGCGUCAGCCUUCAACCAGGGGACAUGUUCUGCCUAUACACUCCAGGAGGAGGGGGUUACGGGAAGGAGGACGGAAACCGAAAACCGCAGACAAAGCGCAGGCGUGUAUACGAGACUUUUCCCGAGAGAGGCAGCGUCUUUGAGUACCGCAUGGCGCAAGAAGGAGUGUGACACAGCACAGGUGGAAGGAUUCAACACAAAGUAUGGACGCACCCAUACAAUUAUAAACAUACGAUAUGCAGCAUUGUACUAACAAAAACAUCACAACAAAGCGUGUUCCUUUGAAUUGUGAGACAGCGGCCUCUGCUGGAUCCGUAGCAUAACACUUCGUUUUGCCACCUGCAGAUAGCGCCAUCAAACCACUCUCUCUUCAAGUUACCAUUUAAAAAAAUAGUUACUUACGAGUUAAAGCAGAGAAAAUAAAUCAAUGACUAUGCGGGGGAGCGAAUAAAACCACAAAAAAGUGGGAAUCUACUGUAGAUUUCUUUUUUUUAACAUUAACCAACAUUAAAAAAAACAUUAAAGUCAGAUCUUUUUGGCUGAUCUUUACAAAAAUGGCAUUGAAAUGUAUUAAAACACAAAAUGUCAUAAUCCAUUUAAGUGCAAUAUAUUUUUCAGGAUAUAGAGCAAAUUGAAUCAAUUAAAGUUUUUAGUGGAGGAAAAAAAAUGAUUGAGCCCUUUUUUUUUUAACCAAACAGUUUUUUUUAGGUGUAAACAAGGCACGUAUUUGUUGCUUUUUUGGGAAAAUUUUCAUUUAAAAAAAUAAUUUUAUUUACACUGUGGUCACAGUAACUGAGCCCACCGUGACAAGUCGUACAUUUAAAUUAGGACGUGAUUGUUAAUAUGUAUCCCUCGUGUGCUUUGUCUUCUGGGAGGAGAGGGGGCAUCCCUAAGUGGUGUUGCCCUCCUCCCUUCUUUUUUGGGGGGGUGAGGAAUGACGAGGGAGGAUGCCCGGUGAGGGAGUGCAGGCAUGCGUAGACCAGCUGAUAAAGAGAUAGCGACCACUGCGGAGGAAGCAGCAGGAGGUCGACGGCUGCCUGGAUUUUGGAUGUAAAUCAGAUGUUUUGUCUUUGAGAGCUGCAAAUUCCAAUUGGGAACUCACGGACGAUUGAUCAAAGAUAGUUUCCUUGUUUAUGGAUCACAGUUCCUGUGCUAAAGAAUACUCUUUAAGAUGAUUUGACAAUAUCCAGACUUUCUUUAUCAGCUCUAAGCUUUAAGAGCUGUUGUAGUAACAUUGAACAAGACCAAUUUCGAACAAUAAACAGCCACAUUUAUUAGGUUUUAGGGUGUUGAAUUCAGUAGAAGCAUUUUAAUCCAAUAGUAGAAAGAGAAAUAAAAAUAAACCAUUUUAUUAUACCUUUUAAGCCAAAAAUAUAUUUUUCUCAAUUUAAAUUAAGUUACAAUACUUACACAAAAUCAUCUAAUAGUACAAAGAAGCUUUUUCAUGUCAGUCUGACUGGUUAAAUAAUCUGAUUUAUUUAUUAACACACUUAACUCAUGAAGAUUUUCAAGUGAAAUUUUAAUUCAUGUAGCAUUAAAAAGUAACACAAUAGAAAUACAUUACUAAAUAUCUUAAAUUGCCAUAUUGACCCGUAUGUAAGACGAUCCUUUUUCACAGCGUGUUAUUUUUAUUAUAUUUUAAAAAUCACAACAAAUCAAGCUCUUCAAUGACCACACUGACCCGAAUAUAGGACAGUCCAUAUUUUUGAAAACUCCUCUUUAAAGACAAAAUCCAUGAUAAAAACGAAAAAGCAAGUUCUUAAAUGACCAUGUUGCCCUGCAUACAAGAUGACCCUUUUCAUUUGCAAAACCUUUUAUUUUUAUUUUUCAAACAAGAACAUAACCCCAGACAAAAAGAAAGCUCUUAAAUCACCGUAUUGACCUGAAUAUAAGACAGUCCUUUUUUUUCCCAAAACCAUAAAAAAACAAGAAAAAACCCAGACACAGAAACACAUAAUUAAUUAAGUUUUAAAAUGACAAUAUUGACUCGCAUAUUAGACAAUCCUAUUUUCCAACAUUUUUAAAGACCAAAUCCAAGACAAAAACAACAAAAAUCAAGCUCUUAGAUAGCCAUAUUUAGCCGAACAUAAACUGUUUUUCCUUUUCCAAAGCCUGUUUUUGGGGUUGUUUUUUUGGGGGGGGGGGACGGUGUGUUUUUAAGAAAAAAAGACAAAAAUCAAGCUCUUAAACAACCAUAUUGACUGAAUAUAAGAUUUUUUUUUUCAAAAACCUGUUUUCCCUUAUAUCACCGAAUUGUAAGGGUGUCCAAAAAAUGUUGAAUCAAUCAUGAUUUUUAUUUGUUACGAUUCUUAAUCAAUAAAAGCAAAUCAAAGGUCGAUUUAAAAAAAUGUGUAGCGUAUUUUUCGGAGUAUAAGUCGCUCCGGAGUAUAAGUCGCACCGGACGAAAAUGCAUAAUAAAGAAGGAAAAAAACAUAUAUAAGUCGCAUUUUGGGGGGAAAUUUAUUUCAUAAAACCCAACACCAAGAAUAGACAUUUGAAAGGAAAUUUUUAAAAAUUAAAUAAAGAAUAGUGAACAACAGGCUGAAUAAGUGUAGGUUAUAUGACGCAUAAAUAACCAACUGAGAACGUGCCUGGUAUGUUAACGUAACAUAUUAUGGUAAGAGUCAUUCAAAUAACUAUAACAUAUAGAACAUGCUAUACGUUUACCAAACAAUCUAUCACUCCUAAUCGCUAAAUCCCAUGAAAUCUUAUACGUCUAGUCUCUUACGUGAAUGAGCUAAAUGAUAUUAUUUGAUAUUUUACGGUAAUGUGUUAAUAAUUUCACACAUAAGUCGCUCCUGAGUAUAAGUCGCACCCCCGGCCAAACUACGAAAAAAACUGCGACUUUAUAGUCCGAAAAAUACGGUACGCAUAUUUCUAUUUUAUUUUUUAAAUCUGUUUUGUCCAUCCACUCAGGCAAACCAUGUUGUUGAUGUAGAUGCCCAUAUCUGCUGUACAGAUUUACUUUACAAAAGAGAAGUGUGGGAUACUUCUCUUGUUGUCUUGUCUGUAUUUGACUUUAUGAAAUGUUUGGGUGGAAUUUUAUUAAACAAAUCAGUUUUCUUUUAAAGGGGAGCUGCACUUUUUUGAAAUUUUGCCUAUCAAUCACAAUCAUUAUGAAAGACAUGAAGGUUAUAUAUUUGUUUGCAUUCUAAAUAAUAAAUAAAUGUGAUCAAAGGUCCCCUUACAAUAGAGCCUUUGGGAGCAACUCUAUUUUGCCACUAAAAUCUCUUAAAAACAAUCCAAACAACUCCAUUAAGGUUUCAUAAACAUGAUGCAAGUAUAUAUCUAAUGUAAUAUUGGGCACAUUUAUAAUAACAUUUAAUAUUUACGUAUUUUGAUCAUUUCUAAAACGCAUCAUGACGUUUGCUUUUUUAUUCACCACUGAUUCUUACUCACUGCAGACUCCAUGAGAGCCAACAAACAAAAUAAUCACUUGCUGUACAAGCUCUGCUGUCAUUAGGAUGCCGACUGCUUGGAUGUUCAUAUAUUCCCAUUUAGGUGAAGAAUGACUCAUAAUUCUCGCGAAGAAAAGUGAGGUGGAACCAAACGUCUUUUCGGGUCGUUCUUGCAUUUCAGAGUCCUACAUGGCUGUCAAAGUGUACCAACUUGUCGGAAUAUGUCCUCAGACUUCUUCUGAGGACGGCGUGGCGCAGUUGGUAGAGUGACCGUGCCAGCAUCCUGAGGGUUCCUGGUUCAAUCCCCACCUUCUACCAACCUCGUCACGUCCGUUGUGUCCCUGAGCAAGACACGUCACCCUUGCUCCUCAUGGGUCGUGGUUAGGGCCUUGCAUGGCAGCUCCCGCCAUCAGUGUGUGAAUGUGGAAAUAGUGUCAAAGCGCUUUGAGUACCUCGAAGGUAGAAAAGCGCUAUACAAGUAUAACCCAUUUUCCAUUCUGUCCAGGUGAGAUGCAUGAUUUAUGAUCUACAAUAAACUUACAGGGAGCAAGGAAGCGAGGAAACACCUCGCUAGUCGACCAUCACAGUGUCGCUAUAAUAACAAUAUCACUAAUACUUGGUUAAUAUUCAAGUCACGAAAUGUAAAUAGUGUACUGUUGGCAUUUUUGUAUGGUUAUUUAUUGGAUUUCAUGGGCGGAAUAGAGGACCUCCCAUUAGCUCCGCUGUAAGCAGACUUUUAUUUACGUUUAUUUACAAGUUAGAGUGCAUUAAAAAAAAACACCUGUCGUCAUGUCUUUCAUAAGGAUCGUGAACGAUGGGCAAAAUUCCAAAAAAAGUGCAGUUCCCCUUUAAGUAAUAUAAAAAUGUAUCACAGCUGUUUAUUUUAUGGAGGAAUGUAGGUAAUUAUACAACUGGCACCGAAUGUUAUUAAAAAGUAUUGAUUUUGAAUCAAGAAUGGUUUUCAAUCGAUUCUGAAUGGAAUGGUUACCCUGGUUCCUCAUAUUUUUUCUCUUUCUAUUGCAAUAUUUUCUCGUACAAUUAUUACUUUUUCAUGUAAAAUUAUUACUUUUUAACGCAAAAUGGUGACAUUUGUCGUUGAAAAUUCUGACCUUCAUCACGAUAUUGCCAUUUUUUUUUUUCUUGUAAAAUGGUGACAUUUUUGGAGUAAAAUUCAGAUUAUUAUUAUAAUAUUGCCAACAUUAUAAAGUUUUCUUAUAAAAUUGUGACUUUUGUCGAGUAAAAUUAGGACUCUUUUCAUAAAAUUGCCAACAUUUUAAGCUUUUC